CAGAUAUAAAAGGAGAUGCUUGAACUGAAAAAUAUUCUUGGAGUUAAGUUUGUGGUAUUGCAAGCUCAAGAAUGGACAGAAAGCAUGGAAAAUACGUAGCGAAUAUCGAACAAUCUGAAAACCAGCCACCAAUCACGUGUUCCAAUGAUCAAGAGGCUCACAGCUCUGCGUGCUGGCGUCCACCUUCAAAUGACAUAACUGGGGAUGUCUCUUCCGACUUAACUGGGGUCUGCAUGAGCCCAGGAGUCCUUACAUACUCAGGACACCCACACACAGCAUUAUGCAAUACACAGGUAAAAGAAAAUUGCUGCAAUAACUGGUCUUUGUGGAAAUUCUUUCUGGCUUGUCUCUUAGCCUGUGCCAUAACAACAGCAAUUGGAGUACUCAUAAUAUGCCUGGUGACUAAUAGAGGAAAUGACAAUUCCACCAUUGUUAUCCAGCUGCCCUCAAACAAUGGGAAGCCUGUAGUUAUCAUUCCUGGAACAACCUCUACUGCUUCUCAACCUACAGUGACCACCACUUCAACGGAACCUACAACUACAACUGUUUCAACAGAAUCUACAACCACUGCAACGUCCACUGAAGCUACAACCACAGAAGCCACAACCAUCACUUCAACUGAACCCACAACCACAACAGGCACAACCAUCUCUUCGACUGAACCCACAACCACAGCAGCCAUAACAAUCACUUCAACUGAACCCACAACCACAGAAGCCACAACCAUCACUUCAACUGAACCCACAACCACAACAGGCACAACCAUCUCCUCAACUGAACCCACAACCACAGCAGGCACAACCAUCACUUCAACUAAACCUAUAGCCACCACCUCUUCAACUGAACCUACAACCACGACGGCCACCACCACAACUUCAAGUGAAACCACAGCUGCCACCACUUAA